AUGAAGUCUGCAAAAGAUCGUGAUCAUAUCACGAAGCAGACGCAAGCUUUGGGGUUCGAGAUGGAGAGUGUCGGCGUAUGGGAAGUCUUCCCAUGUGUUGUGAUCAAAAGCGUAUCCGAUUACGCUGAUAGCCAUAAGGCCAAGAACUGGCAGCCUUACGCUGCUGCUUGUGCAGCAUCAUAUGCGAAAGGAUUCCUUAGAUACUGGGAUUCAAACAGGAAAGAAGAGUCUGUAUCCGAGCCUGAGCAGUUUCGGAAACGGAUUAUUCAAAGCCUCAGCUAUUCAGAGAUGAACGAAAGAAGAAAUAAUAUUUCAUCAGAGGCCCCGUCUACAUUUAAUUGGAUCUUCGAGGAAUCUGUCGAAGAUCCUGUGGAACAAGACUUGGAAUGGCCCUCAUACCAAGAUUCGGAGACUAAUAGACACCCGGAAACUGAAUGGGAAACUGACACGACAUCAGACGAGGAGUUCGGACAAGAAGAAUCCCUGGAAGAUGAUGAAGGCGAUGAGGCGGGCUGGGAAACAACAUCAGACGAGAAGUCUGGAGAAGAGGAAUCGCCUGAAGUGGGAGAUGACACGGACGCAGGCUGGGGAACAGAAUCAGAUGAGAGAUCUGAUACCUCGGAAGAUUCUACCCCAAGCCAUAGACAACGGAGAAAUUGGGACAGCUUUGUUGAUUGGCUGAAGUCGGAUCUGCCCGUUUACUGGAUAACUGGGAAGCCAGGUUCUGGGAAGAGUACUCUCAUGAAAUACCUCAUAUCGGACUCCAGGACACCAGCUGCGUUGAAGAAAUGGAAGAAAGACGCAAUAAUCAUUGCACACUUCUUCUGGAAGACAGGUACACUCCUUCAAAGGUUUUCUCUGUUCAUUGGUGCGUCUAAUCCUGACGAGCGACAAGAGCAUUUCAAACAGCUCUCUUCAGAGGAUGAUGACAGAUGA